AUGUUUAUUUUUAAAUUGCGGUAUUAUAAUUCCUCAAUUUUAACAGAACUAAAUGCACGUUUUGGACUAUUAAAGAAAGGGAUGACAGUGAUUGAAUUGGGUUCUGGAUCAGUACAAAUUUACUUAAUUUAGGGUCUUUGGACAUAAACUUUAAGAAAAGCUAUUGGUUCUAAUAGAGAUGAUCCAAAAAUAUUUGCAAUAGAUGAAGUUUAAUUACCAAAUAGAUUUAAAGAUGGAGUAGUUUUUAUUUAAGGAGAAAUAGAAAAAAAGGAAACAUUAAUGUAGCUAUAAAAACAACUUGAUUUAAAACCUGUUGAUUUGGUAUGAAAUAAAUAAAUAAAUAAUAUAGAUAAUAUCAAAUUUAGAAAGUAGAAGUUAGAAUGAUAGAGAUAUUGAUAAUUUUGAAUAAAUUCGAUUAAAUAGAAUAGCAUUAAAUAUUGCUUUAAAAACUUUAAAAACAGGUGGAACUAUGUUAAUUAAAGCAAGAGAUGGUUUACCUGAAGAAUAAAACUAAAAAUUUAUUAGCCUUUUUUUUCGAGAAUUAAUUAAGGUGAGACCAUUAACUGUUUAGCUAGAUUUUAUUAAACAUUAUUAUUUAGGUUUAGGAUUUAAAUAAAGAGACGAAUAUUUGAAAUAUCCAACUUUUUUUUAAAAAGUUCUAAAUUUUUAGGAUGGUGAAUUAUUAGAAGAAGAAAUUCCUCCAAGCUUUUAAACAUAAGCUGAAAGAGAUUUAGAAAUAUUAGAAUUUUUACAAUAUGCUUCACAACAUUAAAUUGCUGUUACUUAAAGUUAAAUAGAUGAAAUUAAAUAGAAUCCAAGAUAUAAAAAUUUAGAUUGGGAAAAAUAUCCACUUUUUAUAGUUCCAGGUCCUUUGACAGAAUAUUAAGAAUAAAUGAUCUUAAUUGCAAGAUAUAAUGGAAAAUUAAGUUUUACUCCAAAUACUAAUUCAGUUGAAUAAGAUAUUAAAGAAGGCUAAGAAAUUAUAAAUAAAAUAGAAAGAGCACUUCAAACGGAUGAGAAAUCAAGUGAAUUAUUAGAAGAAGGAGAAAUUUUAGGUCAAGAGAUUAAAGAAGAAGAUGAAGAAAUAAAAUUAAUGAAAGAAAAAAUGAAAAAUAUAGAAAAAGAAGAAUUGAUUAAAAAAAUGAAAAAAGAAGAUUUAAAUAAAUUAAAUAAUUGGCUAAAUGAAUCUACUCUCAAAUUUAUUUCAUCAAAUUAUAAAGGAGCUACACCAGAAAAGAUUAUAUAAGAUGAAAUUGCUAAAGGAAAUGUAACUAAAGAAGAAUUACUAGAAUAUUUUGAGACUAACGAAAAAACUUUAAUGGAAAAAGCUAAUAGAGAUUAUGAAAAUCGUAACCUAUUUCAUUAAAAUAAUAGAUUUGUUAAAAAAAGCUGAUAAAAUAAACUAAAAAAUGACUAAAGAACAUAGAUAAGAAUAUUUUAACCGAAAAAAAGUACUUAAGACUAGGAGACAAUGA